AUGCAACGCGCUCUCAGCCACAGUCGCACGCAGCGAGGCGGGCACUGCACUGCACUCCCCGGUCGCUGCCCCUGCGGACCCGCCUGCCCGCGCUUCGGCUGUGCGCUCCCGGGGUUCGCCCGCCAGCCCAACCGACAAGCAGCCCGACCCCGUCCCGACCCCGCCCGCCCUCCGGACCCUGGCCGCUCCGAGCGGAGACCAGAGGAAGAGCUGAGGUUUGCCAUCCAGAACAAGCACCUCUGCCACCGGAUGUCCUCUGCAUUGGAGUCAGUCACUGUCAGCAGCAGACCUCUUGAGAUGGCAGUCAUGAAAGCCCAGGUAGCCCCUGAAGAAGAUGAAAGGAAAAAGAGGCGACGGGAAAGAAAUAAGAUUGCAGCCGCCAAGUGCCGAAACAAGAAGAAGGAGAAAACAGAGUGUUUGCAAAAAGAGUCAGAGAAGCUGGAGAGUGUAAAUGCUGAACUGAAGGCCCAAAUUGAGGAGCUCAAGAAUGAGAAGCAGCAUUUGAUAUACAUGCUCAACCUCCAUCGGCCCACAUGUAUUGUCCGGGCUCAGAAUGGGCGGACUCCAGAAGAUGAGAGAAACCUUUUUAUCCAACAGAUAAAAGAAGGAACUUUGCAGAGCUAA